AUGGAUCGCCAGACUCGCCUUCUCGAGGCACUGGCGGAUGGCAUACUGCGUCGUCCUAGAGGAGGUCCACCCAACGACUUCCAAAGGAAGCUAGAAGGCUUCCUCAAGCUGAGGCCUCCUACGUUUGACUGUGCUGACGAUGAUCUCAUUGCCGCCGAGGACUGGCUGCGUGAGAUCGAGAAGAAGCUGGACCUCACCACUUGCACAGAUGAGGAGUGUGUGGGAGUCGCCGCUCACCAGCUCACUGGCGCUGCACGCGCAUGGUGGGACAGCUACAGUGACACCCACGAGAACCCCGGGGGCAUAACCUGGGCCGAGUUCACUGAGGCGUUCCGUGAGCAGCAUGUGCCUGAGGGUGUCAUGGACGCCAAGGUGGAGGAGUUCCGCAACAUCUCCCAGGGCACUCAGAAGGUACAAGAGUAUGCCACUCGUUUCACCCGCACCAUGAGGUAUGCUCUAGAUGAGUCCAACACUAAGAAGAAGAAGAUGUACUUCUUCAAGAAGGGUUUGAGUACGCGCCUCAAGGUGGCCCUCUCGGGUCACACCUGCUACACCCUCCGGGAGAUGAUCAACAAGGCCCUGGAGAUGGAGAGGGACCGCCUGGAGGCCGAUGCUCAAUACAAGGAGAAGAAGCGCCGGUCCGAGGGUUCUUCUCGUGGCCCGGCACCCUAG